AUGAAACGAAAGGCCGAGAAACAACAGGCUGCUGUCCCCGUGAGUGCCUUUGCGGCGCGCAAAGCUCGGCAGCAACAAGCACAAAUUGCGACGACACCGAAGAAUGAGCCGGCCGCUCAGCCGGCUGUCGAGCCUCCUUCUAAGCGACUUCGACGAUCCCUAGAGGCCGACGAGUCCACCGAAAUGAAUAUCCCAGAAACUCGAGGUCCGCGAACACGGUCGUCCACGAAGCAAGAUGCGUUAUUGCCUACGGAGAAAGUGAAAAGCCGGAAAGGAAAGGCUACAGGGAAGGAGCAAGAAGAGUCUCAGGCUCAGGUCCAAGAAACGCGGGAUGAUUCUGAAGAAGAAGAAGAAUCCGAAGACAAUGCAGCCGAGGGAGUGGAUGAAAUGACCGAAGAUGAAAUCGCGUCCGUUGCUGGUGACGCAGACGGCUAUGAGUCCCCGGCGGAGACGCCUGCAGAGCUUCAAAAUUUCCCUUUAUCGAAAUCUCGGAUCAACAAGAAGGACAUAGUCUAUGCGGAUGCUGAUACUCUCUGUGUCCGCAUCAAAGAAAAGAUGAAUCUGGUGCUGUUGGGCCAAUACGAUCUUUGGGUCAAGCGGGGAGUCGUCAGUGUUAUGGGCGCCAAGUUGCACCCUUCAUCGCGAGUGUAUAGAGUGUACGCUCCCUCGACACAUUCCUUGCCCGUCAUCAAGUGCGUGGCUGGGGUAAAUGGGGAAGCUGAGGUGGAAAUCAAGUCUUGUAAUAGCGGUCUCUCUCGUCUUCGGGACGUUUCCCCUCUGUAUCAAAGAAUUUGGAACGGUCAAAAUACCGCUGCGGACAAAGUCACAUUGAAGGGGGCUUCCAAAGAUUCGCGGCGAACCUUCUCGGUGCUUUACACAUCCGCAGAUGACUCUUUGAAAAGACAUUUGCGUCCUCUCCAUCUCGACAAAAAAUGGAGCGCAUCGAUGAAAGCGCUUUCUUCGCGGCAAGGCAAACUCCGAGUUCUGGUCUGCGGUCCCAAAGCAUCUGGAAAGUCUACUUUCAGUCGCUACUUGUUGAAUCAUUUGCUCAGCUCGGACCCUGGCUUUGAAGAUGGAUACAUCAAUACCGAUGGUGUUGCUUUCCUGGAUCUCGACCCAGGACAACCUGAAUUCACGCCCAUGGGCCAGGUCUCUCUCGCCUAUCUGCGGGCCCCUUUCUUUGGGCCGCCGUUCACUCACCCAUCAGUGGAUAAACCGCGUGAUGGACACAUAGUACGAGCUCAUCACAUCGGGUCAACGUCGCCAAAGGAAGAUCCCGAUCACUAUGCGCUGGCUACGAUGGAUUUACUGAGCCAGUACCGCUCGCUGUUGGCACGGUACCCCCAAUGCCCGUUGGUUGUCAACUACCCUGGAUGGAUCUUUGGGCAGGGUCUGGAGGUCGCUACCUGGUUGAUCCAGUGCUUGGGACUAUCAGAUGUGGUGUACAUGAGCGAGAAGGGACCUUCGGAGGUUGUGGACCCCUUGAGCUCUGCUGCCAAGCAAGCUCAUGUCCCUAUGACAAUUCUGCCAUCUCAACCUACGGAUUUCGUCAGCCGAUCCAGCGCUCAGUUGCGUUCCAUGCAAAUACAGUCCUACUUCCACCUGUCUCACCCCCUCGACCUCGGCAAUCCUCUUUGGCAAGGGGAACCACUUUCUCGCACGAGGCCGCUCGCUGUGGACUAUUCCGGCUCGAAACAAGGUAUUCUGGGCAUAAUGGUUAUGGGGUCCCAAAUCAGCCCCGACUUGUUGCGCGAAGUACUUGAGGGGGCCAUUGUAGGUGUGACAGCGGUGGAAUCCCCGAACGCCAUUAUGGGUGCAUCUUCUGCUCAAGGGCCCUCAGAUGAAGGCGAGGGAAACGAUUUUGAUGCAGAGGAUGUCGAUAUGGAUACCGAUGGUCAAGCCACAAACGGUACUUCUGCUUCGCUCACAGACAACGGUGUCGUCAGGACGAAAGAGGGCCUUCCUUACCUCUUCGUUGGUUCUGGGAGCUGCACUCCCCUGGAUCCAAAGGCAUCUAAUUGUCUUGGCCUGGCUUUAAUUCGCUCGGUCAAUGUAGCUUCGCAGAAGCUUGAGCUGUUCACGCCAAUCCCGUCUACCCGUCUGCAGGAUGCUAUCGAACAAGGUCACCAGCUUGUGCUUGUUCGUGGCCAGCUAGAUCACCCCAAUUGGGCUAUUAGCGAAGAAUAUCACGCCGCGAGGGCAGCAGAGCGACACUAUCAGGAGUCGAUUGCUGAGGUGAAGCAACGCGGCGACUCGAAGAAGAUCGAUCAAACUAAGCACAACCAAACGCUUGCCAUGCUUCGCGAGAGGAUCCGCCGUGCAAGCAAUGUCCCUUACAUGACGGUUGUGGAGGACAACAGCCGACGACAGCGCGAAGCUGCUGCACGACGUGAAAAGUCGUUGUGGAAGCUGAGAAAGAAGGCCUAUCCUGCCAGUGAAAGCGAGACUGACUGGUAG